AUGUCCAAGUCACGCCAAUCGUUGUCGACGCUUGCCUCGUCGCUGCAGCUGGCGUCGCUCGCCCGCGUCAACCCAGCCGCGCGUCAGGUGCAGGCCGCCCAGCGCUCAGCAGUCGCCGCGACCUCCGCCGUCCAGAACCACACCCGCCAGAACCACCGCCACGCCAGCAACGCAGCUGUCUAUCGUGUCGUGCGCGAUGUCCAGGGCAGCUGCUUCGUCGUAAAGCGACACCGACGCCAUGCCAGCACCGAAUCCGCCGCAGCGUCGGCCUCGGCGUCCUCCAACCGUAGGGCCACCUCUGCGCUCGGCGGUCCUCAACGGCCGUCAGCGCCGAUAGCGGCAUCAACUUCCUCGUCAGCCUCUUCGGCUCUCGGAACUUCUCAGUCAUCAUCCAGAUCCGCCAGCACCUUGGCCUCAUCAUCGAGUAGUCUGGGUCGCUCGCCAUCGAUUUCUACAACAGCAGCAGCUGCAACAGCAUCAAGUUCAGCCUCCCUGCGUCGGGCAUCGACUCCUCCGUCGUCGCCGAACCCGGUCGCCUACUUUCACUCGAAUGCUCGAGCUGCACACCAGCAACCUGCGCAUGCAUCUUCUUCGAACCUGAUUUCUCCGCCACCUCCGCCAUCCUCUGCGCCCAAUUCGGGACACUCGUCUCAGCACUCGGGCAGUUCUGGCUCGGGCAGCUUGCCCCCGAAUGAUCCGUCCUGGCUCCUGUCGAGUCCGCACCACCACGUCUCGGCCUCGCGCACCACGUUAUCCUCCGAUGGGCCGUCUUCAUCCUCUUCGGCCCCGUCCACGUCGGCGUCGACCAGCACCUCUUCCUCUGCCCCCGUCGCCGCCUCCUCAGGUGCAGCAGCCUUGUUCAGUUCCGACCACGCCCGUUCUUUCCCCCACCACGCCCUACCGAGCUUCUUUGGCACCUCGUUGAGCAUUGCGCGAAGAGGCAAUCUUGUAUUCAGGAAUGGCGCGUACGGAAUACCCAAAGCCGGGAGAGAGAAGGAUCUGGCUACGAAGGGGAAGGAGAAGGCCGAUGGAGAAACGGGCGAGCUGGAUCAUUAUCUCAGCGUCAGCAUUGGAGAGGAUGCUGUGAGUCUUCGCUAACAAGGCAAUAUAAGCUUAAUGAUAGUGACUAAUCCUACGCGGUUGUGCAUGGUGCAGUACUUUUUAAGGACGGAUUCUCUCGGUGUCGCUGAUGGGGUCGGUGGAUGGUCAGGCCAUGCCGGUGCAAACCCGGCCAGGUGGUCGCGCAAGUUGAUGCAUCGUGAGUCGGCCUGCUUGCCUCGCGCCCGAUUUCUCGUGGACGUUUAUGAACUCAACCAAUGAUUGAAAAUGCCCACAGACUGCUCCAACGAGCUAGCACGCUACGAGAACGUCGACGACGAGUUGUUCUUGCGAUACUACGAAGUCGAUCCCGUCGAGGUCCUGCAGAGAGCGUUCGAAAAGAGUCUCGCGGAAUGCAAAGAUGAGGUGAGGACUUUUUGUCGGCGCAAAUACGAAAGAAGAGGGAACACGCACUGAUCGGGGCUUGUACUACAAUGUAGGGCGUUAUUGGUUCGUCGACCGCUUUGCUCGCCGUUUUGCGCAAUGAUGAAUUGCGUCUCGCGAACAUGGGCGAUUGCUGCUGCUGCAUCAUCCGUGGCAACGACUACAUCUUCCGCUCAGAGGAACAACAGCAUUCCUUCAACUUCCCGUUCCAGGCCGGCACGACGUCCAAGGACACGCCAAUCAAGGAUGCGCAGAGGUUCAAUAUCAAGGUCCAAAAGGACGACAUCGUUAUCCUGUCCUCCGACGGCCUGAUGGACAACCUCUACGACGAAGACAUUUUGGAAGAAGUGCUGAGAUUCGUGGCUUUGACACCCGCGCCGACCGCUUCGUCUUCAGGCUCUGCACUCCCUGGCGUCACGGGACCGAGGUACACGCUGAACCGAUUCUCGCCGCAAGCUGUCUCCGAGGCGCUCAGUCUCCGAGCGAAGAGCGUCUACGAGGACCCACGUGCCGUCAGUUCACCCUUCCAACAACGCGCCGUCGAGGAAGGCAUUCACUUUGUCGGUGGCAAGAGGGACGAUAUCACGACUUUGAUUGGCGUCGUCGGCGAAUUGGAAGCCAGUCCGGACAGGAGAUGA